AUGUUCAUAUCACCCGUCAUCAUCGCUGUAUGUCAGUUGUUGUUACGAUCUUCUGGAGCGGAAGCUGCUGCAGUGGCAAAGGAACCGGCAGCAUCAGCUGCUGCAGGCGCUGUGGCCGGCGGUAAAGGAGCAACACACGUCGUUCUGGAUUAUGGUGACUUUAAUGGAAAAACACAAGGUGGAUUAGACACUUGGAAUUCCAUUCCCUAUGCCGAACCACCCCUUGGCGCCAGGCGUUUCGCGUCUCCUGUUGCUCCUACUAAGAAAUAUCCAAAUUUUGAUGCCACUAAAAUAUCACCCGGAUGUCUCACAACUGAUCCUUUAGCCGGUUCAGAUCCCUCUGCCUUCAACGCAACCAUCAUUGGCGUCUUAGAGUCCCUUCCUGCAGGCGUACAAUCAGCCACGGAUUCCAGACCUGGUCAAGAAGACUGUUUGACCUUAGACGUGACCAGGCCUUCUGGUGUAGCCAAGGAUCAGAAACUACCUGUUAUCUUUUGGAUUUCACAAUCCUCUUCGGGAUCAGUCAACCCAGCAGGUUUGAUGGCCCGUGGAAAGAUGACUGGAAAACCAUUCAUCUGGGUAUCAGCCAAUUGGAGAUCAAGUGCAUUCGGGUUCUUGGGCGGGAAAGAGAUCGCCGCUGCUGAUGCUGGUAAUCUUGGAUUGAAAGAUCAAAGAUUGGCCAUGGAAUGGGUUCAGAAACAUAUCGCCAACUUUGGAGGGGAUCCCAAACGGGUUACUCUAUAUGGAUCCAACUUGGGAUCGAUGGCUGUAUCUCACCAAUUGGUAGCCUACGAUGGUGCCAGUAAGGGAUUGUUCCAGAAUGCGAUCCUUGGAGGAGCCGUUGCUCUCCCUAGUCCUAAAAUAGGAACGGGUCAAGCAAUCUACGACAAAUUUGUCAAAGCAGCCGGGUGCCCAGUCGGAGCAGGAUCACUCGCUUGCUUACGUGAAGUUAAAGCUGAGAAAUUAGUAGAGGCAGCCAAUACUUUCCCUGGAAUCUUUUCCCGACUUCGAUAUCCUUUACCAUUUCACGUUUAUGUAGAUGGAAAGUUCCUUACAGGAUCAGUUCAAGAUUUAGCAAAAGCAGGCAAAGUGGCCAAGGUUCCUAUCAUCUUAGGAUCAUCUGAUGAUUCUGGAACUUUAGAUACCUUGGUUGAAGCUGCUCAUAUCUUCAAUGACACUGGUGUUGCACCUUGGUUAAAACAACUUCUUCCUGGUGCUGCACCACAUGAGAUCACCGACCUUUUGAAACUUUAUCCUUCUGAUCCAGCUCAAGGUUCACCUUUCAACACCGGUUUACAAAACCAACUGAACCCCGUCUCAAAGCAAAUGGCAGCUCUAUUCGGUGAUAUCGCUUACCAAGGUCUCCGACGCUUUUUCUCGCAAUCCGUUCAGGCAUCUAUUCCAGUCUAUGGGUUCAUUGACCGUGGAUUGAAACAAACUAAAUACCUCGAUUCACUUGUGACUGCUUUUUCAGGUUCAUACUCCGGUGUGAACACCGUCAGCGCCUUGAAAGCCCCAGCUGCUGGAAGAAGUGCGGAUAUCCAAACCCGUUACUUGAACUUUGUUUACACCAGUAACCCCAAUCCCACAGGAGUCAAAGUUCAAUGGCCAAAAUACGGGCCUACUGCUCAAUUAAUGGAAUUCUCUGAUACUGAAUCUGGAAAGAUCGUCCCUGAUAACUUUAGAAAAGAAGGAAUUCAAUAUUACAUUGAAAACAUUAUGGGUGAUAGUACUAAAGGAAAACCAUCAGCUCAACUUUUACAAUAA